UUCUUUUGUUUUUCUCUCAUUAGCAAUCACUACUUCUCUCUAUUUUCUUUUCCAACUGUUUUUGGUUUUUUUAACUAUGAUUUAGUGUUUAGUAUGUUUUCCUAUUUUCUUCAAUUCACUACUGCUAGAAUUUGAUCUGGGUUUUAUCUUUUUUUAAUUUCAAAGAAAUCCAUUUAAAGAAGUUGGAGAAAAGAGUGAAACCUGUGUUUUUCUAGCCAGUUUGAUGCUAAAAGUUGCUUCUUUUAGCAGGAUUUUGUAUGAAAACCCACUUGUUUGGGGUGAUUAAAUUGCACAAACCCAUUUGAUGAGAACAUUAAUUAAGAUCGGACUUCGUGAAACCGUAGUGAUGCUAAAAGUUCCUUCUUUUAGAAUUUUUUUGGGAGAAACCGAUUUAAAGGAGCAAUUCUUUAUUAUUGCAUUCAUUAGUUUAUUUGAUAAAAACCUUUAAAAUAAAGUUAAAGUUGUUAAUGUGAUGCAUUUUCUAGGACUUGUUGGUGGUAUUCUUUGAUCACUGGCCUUUCAUUAUGCAAUUUUUAUCUUUUUCUGCACUUGCUGAGAUCAGGAGUGAUAAAUCUGCUAAGUAUUGUUAUGCUUAUUGUGCAUAUAAUAUGCAUUAAAAGAUUUUUUUUAUCUCAAUCUUAUGUAGAAUUAACCUAUUUGAAUAACUCAAUAAAAAUUUCUUCUUUUAGCAAAAAUUGAAGAUAUCCUGUUUAAAGGGGGACUUGUCUUAUUAUUGUAUCAUGAAUUUAUUUCAAAGAAAUCCAUGUGGUGAAAGCAUAAAUAAAACAAUAUCAAAUGUUGCCCAUUUCAGGGGUUCUUUGUCUGCUUUUGGAUAUAAUUCUGCAAUCAUCUUCUCUUUGCCAUUCCUUAAUAUUUCACCUAUUAGUAUAGUUUGUUCAUGUUCAUACUUUGACAAAGUAAGUUUAUGACGUUUAAGUUCCUGGAUCUAUAAUCACCCUUUUUUCUAGUACUUAAUAUGUUAUCUGUUCUUGUGGAUUGUAAGAAUUACAUUCCUUAUGUUAUUUGUUGCUAUAAUAGAUUAAUAUGGCUGCUGUUUGGUAUCAUAAGAAACAGAAGAUAAGCUCUGUUUCAUCUUUCAUAGCCUAGCUUUACAAACACUUGACGCUAAUUUUUCCCAUGAAAGAAUCAAUUCUUUUACAUGAAGACUCAUUUUAGACUUGCAAGCUUUAGCUUGAAGAAACCCACUUGAGAGAAGCUAAAACCAAAAACCAUACAGAUGGCUAAAUGAUCAAGCAGGACCUUUUGAUUUGAAAUCUACAUGUACAAAUGACUAACAAAGGUAUCAGUUUGGUGUUUCUCAGCGUAAGCUUUGCUGAGAGCUAUCAUUGAGCAAUACACUAUCUAUGAACAGCAAUCCUUUUUUCUUAUUUUCUUUUCUAAUUAUUAAGCUUCUCCAAACUGGUUUCGAAAAUGUCAGGUCUCUGGGCAAAAUUUAUCUCGAGGGAAAGCAAGCAUAGCGUGUGAACUUCUUUCUAGUGUUUUGUACACUCGAAAAUUCUUUCUUUUUUGCUUCCUUUCCACUGUUUGAUUUCCCUCUUGCUCAUCUUUCCAAUGGAGUCAUUCAAUCCAUCCUCUAGCUACAAAUGCAGCUGCACCCCCACUGUGCCCUCCCUUGUUGAUAGUUGUUUUAACUAUCUCAAUAGUGGAGUGCCUCAUCGCAUCAUGUUCUAUAACCAAGGAACUUGGCUUGAUUUCCCCAAUUCAGUGGCAAAGGUUCUCAUCGAUGCAUUCAAGAACGAGAAAUCUAGUAUCAAGUUUUCUAUAGGUGAUGAAGCUCUCCUCUUCGAUUUUCUCUCUAUGUUUGUGAUCAAUUUGAGGACAAGGAAAAAAAGAUCAGUGGCUUGGAUCGAUGAGAACAAUAAAUGCUUCUUUCCUACUAUUUUUGGGCAUGAUGAUGAUGGAUCCAAAGAGUGGGAUUUUGAGAACACAGGUAAUAUGCCUGUAAGAAAUGAGGAUGCAAGAUUGGAUCGUUCUCCUCCUGAAGUGAUUAAGCAUGUUAUUCUGAGUCCAGAGAGACCUGUAAAUAUAGCAGAUGCUUUGAGACUAAAGCUUGAAACACUUCAAAUGGGCACUGAGGGCUAUAUUUCUAUACAAAACCGGUUUCUCUCAGGAAUGGGUCCAUUAGCUCAGCCUGGCAACAUCAAGUUUAUUCAUCGGUAUGUGCCUAAGGAUAGUAAUGGACAAAAGAGGAAAGAAACAUUUGAGAGAGCGAUGAAGCUCAUCGAAGAAGAGCGGGGGGAUGCUAAUGUGCAAUAUGCUUGGUUUGGAGCUAAGAAAUUAGAGAUGGUUCGAGCUCUGAUUCAUGGCUUUGGCAGUUUCGGGAGGACAACUGAAGGAGUUUUUGGAACUGGCUUGUAUUUGAUACCAGAAGGCCGCACUUUUUCAAGUGUGAGUAUAUGUGAUGUUGACGAAAAAGGGAUGCAAUACAUGAUGUUGUGCCGAGUCAUCUUGGGCAAAAUAGAACAAAUUCAUCCGAGAUCUAAGCAAUAUUGCCCUAGUUGCGGGGACUAUGAUUCUGGUGUGGAUAGCCUUUCAAAACCAAAGUGUUAUAUAGUAUGGCCAUCACACAUCAAUGCUUAUAUUAACCCAGAGUACUUUGUGAGCUUUAAGCUGAGCCCAAAUGUUCAAGAGUACUUAUCUGGGCUAAAAGAUAUUCGAUACCAUUUGGAGACAUCACCAGCUGCAGAUUUUUCUACUCCUUGUCCUGUAAUGUCGAUGCCAGUAAAGCCCCCUACAUCCCCAUGGGUGCCAUUUAAAGAGCUGCUUGAACAAAUUCGGGAGCAUGUUUCUCCUUUGGUAAUGGAGUUAUUAGUGCAUCACCAUCAAGAACAUAAGAAUGGGGUAAUUGAUAGAGACGAACUUGUCAAAAAGGUCAAAGUGCUGAUUGGCGACCAGCUGCUUCUUUCAGUACUGAACAGAUUUAAGCUGGAGCCAUCUGUGUGGCAUGAAGCUCACCCUGCAAAGAGAAGGAAACUGAACGAAUCUGCAACUCCUCAUAAUUCUUUGAACAAUGAAAACAACAGCUCUGCUCAGCCUACGCCAGGGUCUAAUGGUAUUAACAGAUAAAAAAUGUUGAACUAGGUUUUCUUCUACGGGGUUACACUGGAAAAUUUCAUCCUUCUAUGUACAGUUGUGAGAUUAUGGAUGCUGCUUAACAUGCUUGGAUGCAGUAGGCUUAUAACUCGUCGACUUCUCAUAGUCAAUGUGAACCUUUUUUUUAAAGUAUUAGAAGUAUUGGAAGGUCGAACAUGCGUUUAUUGUGUUUUUUCUGUGGCGAUUUUGUCUUGUUUUACUAAACUGAUAGUGGCGAAAGCAUGGAACCUUUUUAUGUGGGCUGAUGUACUCUUGGUGGAUGAAUAUAUCAUAUGAAUGAAACCUUUUUCUAGUUUGUGCAA